CCUUUGGAGCAGCUCCGAGACUCUCUGAUUCGUUUUUUCCAUAACCACUCUCCUUCUCUUUUCCUCCUCCAAAACGAGUAACCGGCCAUGGUGAUCUCCAGGAAGCUCGUUUCUGUGUGUUCAUUGUUUCUUCUAGUGCUGAUUGUACCAGCCAUUGCAAUAGGAGGACUACACAAAGGCAUCUCCGCUUCAAUAAGUGGUGAAACAGAGGAGGAGUUGCAGACCUCUGAGAACACAACAAUGGCGACGAACAGGUUACGAGAGAUCGAAGCCUUGAAUGAGAAAGCUGUGCAGGAUCCAGAGGAGGUCGCAUCCAUGGUUAUGAUGAGCAUUAAGAACAGCACGGAGAGGAGGAAUUUAGGGUAUUUCUCAUGCGGAACAGGAAACCCAAUUGAUGACUGCUGGCGCUGUGACCCCAACUGGCAACGUAACCGUAAGCGGUUGGCAGACUGUGGGAUCGGGUUUGGCCGGAAUGCCAUUGGAGGACGUGAUGGGCGCUACUACGUGGUUACAGACCCGGGCCAUGACGAUCCCGUCAAUCCCCGACCCGGAACACUCCGUCAUGCAGUCAUCCAGGAAGAGCCCCUGUGGAUUGUGUUCAACCGGGACAUGGUGAUCAUUCUGAAACAGGAACUGAUCAUGAACAGCUUCAAGACAAUAGACGGCCGUGGGGUCAAUGUUCACAUUGCAAAUGGCGCCUGCAUUACAAUUCAGUUCAUCACUAAUGUGAUAAUUCAUGGGCUUCAUAUCCAUGACUGCAAGCCUACAGGUAAUGCCAUGGUUAGGAGUUCUCCUACACAUUUUGGGUGGAGGACUAUAGCAGAUGGGGAUGCCAUUUCCAUAUUCGGGUCGAGUCACAUUUGGGUUGAUCAUAAUUCUCUAUCUAACUGUGCUGACGGGCUUGUUGAUGCUGUGAUGGGUUCAACCGCGAUUACUGUCUCCAAUAACUACUUCACCCACCACAAUGAGGUAAUGCUGUUGGGUCAUAGUGAUUCCUAUACUAGAGACAAGCUUAUGCAAGUGACUAUCGCUUACAACCAUUUCGGAGAGGGUCUUAUCCAGAGAAUGCCGAGGUGUAGACAUGGAUACUUCCACGUCGUAAACAACGACUACACUCAUUGGGAAAUGUAUGCUAUAGGUGGAAGUGCUGAACCCACAAUCAACAGCCAGGCCAAUAGAUACCUUGCUCCAUUCAAUCCUUUUGCCAAGGAGGUGACUAAAAGAGUGGACACGGCUCAUAGCCGAUGGAAGGGAUGGAAUUGGAGAUCAGAAGGGGACCUUCUUCUAAAUGGGGCGUAUUUUAUUCCAUCGGGUGCAGGAGCUUCAGCAAGCUAUGCUAGAGCCUCUAGUUUGGGAGCCAAGUCUUCUUCCAUGGUCGGCACCAUUACUGCCAAUUCCGGUGCUCUUUUAUGCCGCAGGGGAAGACAAUGCUAGCUAGCUAGCUAGAAGAAUUCAAUCCAAACAAAUUAAGAAACAAACAAAAGAAUGAUUUUUAUUUUAUUUUUUACCUUAUUAUUAUAUCACCAUUCACCAAACAAGGAAGGAAGGAAGGAAGCAAGCAAACAAAAUGACAUUUGUAUGUCCUCACAUCUCCUCUCCUCUCCAUCCGCAUCGAUCAUCAAUGAUCCAUGAUCGUCUCUUCAAACAAUUGAGAUCUGCUGCGCAACCUCGGCACGAGCUUCAACUCAUGAAGACCUUUGCAACUGUGUAGAGUUAGCUAGCUAGCUGAAGUGUUGUUGGUUUCAGUAUAUUAUUAUUAUUGUUGUUGUUUCUACCCUUCCUCAAUCCAUGUUUAUUGCUAUUCUUCUUCUUGUACCCUACCUCCUUAAAAGUUAAUUUUCUUAUCCUUUUUUUUAGUAUAAUUUAUAUAUGUUUAUUGCU